CCGUCGUCUCUCCCUCGCCGGAAAGGAGAGUUUACUGAAAACAACUGACCUCCGUUUCUCUCACUCUAUCUAAGAUGGUGACUCACGCAGGUACUCAUUCUGCAACCCUAAACCCAUGCCGUUAUCCUCAUACAGCGAGAAUCCACUUGUAAAUCGGAGAAGAUAACUCUAAACCCAUCUCAUUCUUUAAAAAAUUGGCACGCCCUAGUUCUCAAUGCUCGAUUCUUCUCUUACGGGAUAGGUUGUCGUCACUCCUCUGCCUCCGAUGGCGGCGAUAUUGCUUUUGCUCCCUCUAUUCUUCUUCGUGGGGGUUGGAGGAACUUUCAUCAGAUACAAUACGACGGCAGGCGUCGUCGAUGGAAAACUCAAUGUUCACCUCGUUCCUCACACUCACGAUGAUGUUGGGUGGUUGAAGACAGUCGAUCAGUACUACGUCGGCUCUAAUAAUAGCAUACAGGAUGCUUGUGUAAAAAAUGUGCUGGACUCCUUGGUGGUGGCAUUACUGAAAGAUCCAAAUAGGAAAUUUGUUUAUGCUGAACAGGUUCUACUCAUUUCGGGAGAGAAGCGAAAUCCACGCUAUACUGAA